AUUAUCGGCCGAAAUCCCCAUCAUCCCGAGUGCACGAUAAGAGAACGCGCGCCGCGUGGGAUGCUGGGAAGAGGGGUUGGUUCGGUUCAAGCCGGCGCCCUCGCGCCACAAGUUCCUUCAGUAUACGCGCGUAGCUACAUUCGGUUGGACCCUAUCUCGUAUCGUGUCCGAGAAUCGCGUCGCCUUUCGAUGAAAACUACCACGAGGAGGUCGUAUUUUGUCGAAAGCGGCUUGUAUUACGCGACGAUGUACCAUCGCGGGCCCGAUAAGAAAUAAGAGAACUUCGGGAAUUCGGGCCGGCGUCGAUUUGAAAAAAUUCACCAGUCUCCAAAGUGCUUCUUAAUUUCGAACGGCCGUCCCCAUAACUUCGAACCCGUCGCCCUGUGUAGGGAUUUGCAUACCGCUCGAUCGCUCGUCGGGGACAUCAAAGCGACGGAAUAUCGACGUGACCUGCUGCGCGUUCUCGUCGUGACGGUUUCUCGAUUCUUCGGGAACUUUUCGUAACGACGCCGUUUCCGUCCAAUAUCACGCGGAUCGCUCAAAGUGCUCUUCGAAUCACGAUGAACAGAAGGGUGCCGCUGGUGCGGAAAUGAGCCGUUUACGGCUCGUGUUCGUCUUUUUCCCGUCGCGAGGGCUGUGCUCGCUAACGAGAAACUUUCGCGUCGGGUAGAUCGUAAACAAUCGCGCCGCGAACAAUCUGUACGCGCGACAAUGUAAUUCCGUGAUUUUCAGGAUAUCUCACCUCGGCGGCACAAUUGUAAUUUUCGCAUCAUGUCCGCCAGGGAGAUUCAAUUAAUUCCAAUUUGCACGUACCAGCAGUACCGAGGCAAUAUAUCCCGAGUCCCCCGUGGCUUCUUCCGGUACGUUUGAUAAUGCCCGUCUCGAGAAUUCUUCCGUUGAAAAUAUCGCUCGAGAUUUUUCUCUCGAGACAAAAAGCGCCGACCGCCCGCACGCGUAACCCCCACGAAGCAUCCAUUCAUAUCGCGAAGACGCCGUAGUGCUUCGACGACAAGAAGGAAGGACGGCGAUAUUAAAAGAACGAAGUUUCACUAAAGGAACCUGGCGAUGAUUAAUGCGCCGAAGAGGUGAUGUGGCGAAACUCCGGCUGGACGGCCAUCCUGGCCGUUUGGACGCUCUUCUUGAUUUUGAAUAGCGGCUUAGCCGGCGAGAGGAUUUCCGAUAAUCCGGGCAUCAACAAGGACGCUCGCACCUCCCGCGAGGUUCGCCGAGGAGCCGCAAUUCCCGUGCUCGAUAAGCAGCCCGUUGACGAUUCCCGGCCGCGGCGAUACGCGAGAGAGAGCGAUCGUUCAUCAACGUAUACGGGGGCGGUACCGCCGGCUGAAUCGAAAAAUACGGCAACUCGGCACUUGAAUGGCCUCGGAAAGCGCAUUGCGAUGUCAAACGCAAUAGCCACGCCAUCGCCGAAGUGCUCGAGAGGCGGAGGAGGCGACGGAAAUGCUCGACUGGCCGCCGCUGAAAGAGUCGCAACGGUGAGUACGCGGUUGUCGCAAAUAGUAAUUCCGGAAAAGCCGGGGGACGCGCGCUACCGCGAGUCGUCCCGAGUGCGGGAAGCGAGAAACGCCCGGAGCCACGGAGGAGGUCGGAAAGAAGAAACCACCAACGUGUUUUUAGACAUUCGCAAAGAGACACGGGCGGUCAGGCGUGACGCGACGAUCGACCGGCGAAGAGGGCGACAUUUUAACGGAGGAAACGGCGCGACCGCAGCUGUAUUCCUCCACGGCAAGUUCUUCAAACGCUCAGGCCGCUCACGCGCGCGACGGCUCUUCGACGCUUCGACGACGGCGGAUCCUCGGCAUCGCGAUCUCACGAGGAACAGCGUGAACGAAGCGAGCUACGCCGAAGACGACGGCGAUUCGCGGCUCUCGGCGGAGACGGCCUUCCCGAGGCGCUCGGCUUCGAGAGGGAAUCAAAGUCACGCGGCUGUGCGAAGCGCGCCGGAUAUUUUUACAGACCGCACGAUCGCGAGGACCUCCUCGUCGCACGGAAGACCCGCCGCGAUCAUUGCGAGCUCGUGGACCGUGUGGAUCUCGGGUCCCGGGGUCCGCGAAAAGCCGUUCGGUCGCUAUCACUUCCCGCGGGACGAGUAUCCGAAAUCAAGCUACAAAGCGACCGUCGAGUCUCCGGCGCUCGGUCGGCUGCUGCACGAGCGGCGCCGCGGAGGGAAACGCUCAAAGAUAGGACUUGAGGUAAAUACAAGCGUGCGCGAGGACAGAAGACGGGACGAGGAUGCCAGGAACUCCCUCGCUUCUCGCGCACCGAAUUCGCCCGAUGGAUAUCUCAAUGCGAGUCGCUUUAUGGAACGACCGCCGGUGCGGGGCGAGGAAGGGGGGGACGCUGCUUUGAGAGCAGCGAGAGAUGCAGAGGCCUCGCGACGCGAAUAUCAUUCUUCGGUACGCAAUGUCGGCGGGCUACGGGGCGAGCGAGCGACGAGUCUGCCGCGAGUAAGAAGGAAGACCAUCGGGCCGAAGGGACUCGAAGGGGUGAGCGGCGAUGCGAUGGUGGACGAGAGCGAUCCGUCAUCUCCCGAUUUGGCUGCCGGCUCGCGGCUCGAUGAGUCGCAGCCGGAGCUUCCGAUAUCAGCGCGUAUUUCAGUCACGCAGCGGUGGAAUCCAAUGCACGUGCGACACGUUAAGUCCGGAAUGGCCUGCGAGCGUCGGCUCGCGGUUGGCCAGGCCGAAGUUCGCGGUGCGGUUGAAGUCGGCCUCCGGAAUGUCUCCGGCGGGCCCGCGUCGGCGGGGGUUGCAAAAUUCGGAAACUCGUCCGAGCAAAGAGCGCGGAGUCGGCCGAGAUAUUCGCGGAAGUUGACGGCGCUCGGACCUGUUAGACCGUCGUCACGCAUCGUCGUGGAGUCGGCAGGUGACGGGCGCGUCUCGGGACUCGACGGCCGGUCUUCGCAGACUUCCACCGCGAGCGGAUCGGUCUCUCCCGACGCGGUGAUUAUCGCCAAUAAUUCGAUCGAGAUGUGGCACACCGAUGAACACGCGUCGCCAACUCCGCCGUUCGAGGAGCUCACGGACGAGCUUGGGUUUCGCGAAAGCGCGGAAAUCGUGCGAACGAACAAUCCGGGUGGAAAGGAGGAUGACGCGCCAAGAGAGCCCGCUAGCCGAAGCCCUCGAGACGAAGACGCUCGCGACUCGACGUAUCGGCGAUAUAAGCGUCACCAAGUUUGGUCGAGCCCUUGGAAAAGUUGGACGUUGACGAAGUCUAAGACGCGUAGGGCACUCGACACGAUAACAAGACCGGAGACGAUGAGAAUGGUGAGCCCGACGCUCGAGUUGAUCGCGAGCCCAUCCAUUUCGACUGCUCAAAUGAGCGAUACGGCUCGAGUGUCACUCUCCGCCGAAGAAUCCAUCAUGAGUAUCGUGGGGACGACGACGACGUCGUCUCCCAAGUACCGCGGAAUCCAGACGGAACGGCGAUCGAUAACGCCGGUGGCCACCGAUUACGCGCGAUACACCAGCAGCACUCGAGCGAGAACGAGCUCCGACUCAUUAGAGAUACCGGCGCACACCGGCGCCCCGAAAACGUCGUCGAGCGUCAGCACGGCGGAAAGACCGGCUUCAUCUCUGAUGAAGACGCGCGAUCGAUCGACCGCGGUAACCAAAAUAGAUAACUCCGUUACCCGCGAAGAAGCAGCUCCGCCGGUUGCGGAAGUAACCGCGCGGCCAGCCGGCCGCGAGAACACCUCGAGCGGGUCAUCAAUCGAGCCGAUUAGCUCGGCGGAAGGACGUGCGGAGUACGCCGACAGCUCGGCCGGCCUGACGACCCCGAUCGUAGAUUCGCCUGCUCCAAGCAGCGGCGAGCACACUCGAGGUGUCUUCGUUAACGUCACGGCGGAGAAUGUCGACGACUCAUCGGCCGGUACCGCGCUCUUGGACCAGUGGCCGGUGAAACACAGCGCGGUGGUGGAGGGCGACCUCGUCCUCGGUGGGUUAAUGAUGGUCCACGAGCGGGAAGAUACCAUCACAUGCGGCCCUGUGAUGCCUCAGGGUGGAGUGCAGGCCCUCGAGGCGAUGCUGUAUACGUUGGAUACGCUCAACGAUCGGGAGAUCGUGCCGGGGGUUAAGAUCGGGGCGCACAUACUCGACGACUGCGACAAGGACACGUACGGCCUUGAGAUGGCGGUGGAUUUCAUCAAAGGCUCGAUCAGCAACAUAGACGGUGCGGAGUAUCACUGCAACAAGACCGCCGUGCGAAAAAUAAUCAGCGGCGUGGUCGGCGCGGCCAGUUCGGUAACGUCGAUUCAAGUGGCCAAUCUCCUACGGCUGUUUAGAAUUCCGCAAGUCUCCUUUUUCUCGACGAGCCCGGAACUCUCCAACAAGCAACGCUUCGAGUAUUUCAGCCGUACCAUACCCAGUGAUCACUAUCAGGUCAAAGCGAUGGUCGACAUCGUAUUGAAAAUGGGCUGGAGCUAUGUUUCCAUCAUAUACGAGGAGAGCAACUAUGGCAUAAAGGCUUUCGAGGAGCUUGAGGAACUGCUCGGGAAACAUAACAUAUGUAUCGCCAUCAAAGAAAAGCUGGUAAAGGACUCCGGGGUCGCCGAGGAGAUCGCCUACGACAAUAUAGUUUCGAAACUGCUGACAAAGCCACGAGCACGAGGUUGCAUUAUCUUCGGCUCCGACCAAGAGGUAGCCGGGGUCAUGAGGGCGGUGAGGCGGUGCAACGCGACCGGCGCCUUUUCCUGGAUCGGAAGCGACGGCUGGAGCGCAAGAGGAUUAGUGAGUAACGGUAACGAGCCGGAAGUCGAGGGCACUCUGUCGGUCCAGCCUCAGGCGAAUCCCGUGAAAGGUUUCGAAGAGUACUUCCUCAACUUGACCGUCGAGAACAAUCGGAGGAACCCGUGGUUCGUCGAAUUUUGGGAAGACCACUUCAAAUGUCGAUACCCGAACGCAUCGCAGACACCGUACAACAAAAAGUAUACGAAAACUUGCACGACGAAGGAACGGCUCACCAAACAAAACACGGCAUUCGAGGACCAGCUGCAGUUCGUUUCCGACGCAGUAAUGGCUUUCGCUUACGCUUUCCGGGAUAUGCAUCGCGACCUUUGCCACGGAAGGGCAGGCUUGUGCGACGCCAUGAAACCGAUCAACGGGACGAAACUCUUGCACUAUCUGCACAAUGUGGAUUUCGAGGGUCUAAGCGGCGACAAGUUUAAAUUCGACAAGAACGGCGACGGUCCCGCGAGGUACAACAUCAUACACUUCAAGCAAACCGAGCCGGGCACGUACAAGUGGGUUCGCGUCGGCAAAUACCUGGAGGGCGAGUUGCGGCUGAAUAUGUCCAAGAUCCAAUUUAAGCUCGGGCAUUCGCAGCCGCCCGAAAGCGUGUGCUCUUUGCCCUGCGAGGUCGGCCAGGCGAAGAAAUACGUCGAGGGUGAGAGAUGCUGCUGGCAUUGCUUUAAUUGCACUCAAUAUCAGAUACGACAUCCCAAAGACGAGACGCAGUGCAUCCAAUGCCGUCGAGGCACGGUGCCGGACGAAACACACUCGACGUGUCGUGACAUACCGGAGGAGUUUCUGCGCCCGGAGAGCGGUUGGGCGAUAGGCGCGAUGUGCUUCUCCGCCUUUGGAAUUUUUGUGACGUUAUUUGUCUGCGGCGUUUUCCUCAGACACAACGACACACCGGUCGUACGUGCAUCCGGACGCGAACUAUCUUACGUCCUUCUCGUGGGAAUACUACUCUGUUACCUCGUCACGUUCACCCUAGUACUCAGACCCACGGACGCUGUCUGCAGCAUUCAAAGAGUCGCCGCAGGACUCUGCUUCACCGUGGUGUACGCCGCUUUGUUAACGAAGACCAAUCGAAUCGCGAGGAUCUUCAAUGACGGGAGACAAAGCGCCAAGAGACCUUCGUUCAUUUCGCCGCGGUCGCAGCUCAUUAUCUGCUUCGGAUUGGUAUCCGUGCAAAUCUUAAUUAACGUAGUCUGGAUACUGAUCGAUCCCGCCAGAGCGAUGCAUCACUAUCCCACGAUGGAGGACAAUUUGCUGGUCUGCAACAGCUAUAUCGACGCCAGCUACAUGAUCGCGUUUGCGUAUCCUAUAAUAUUGAUAGCUGUGUGCACCGUCUACGCCGUCCUCACGAGGAAAAUUCCGGAAGCCUUCAACGAGAGCAAGCACAUCGGUUUCGCCAUGUACACGACGUGCGUCAUAUGGCUUGCGUUCGUGCCCUUGUACUUCGGCACCGGAACCAACGUUGCGCUGAGAAUUACUUCCAUGUCGGUAACAAUCAGUCUUUCCGCGUCCGUAAUGGUGGUUUGCCUCUUCAGCCCAAAGCUGUACAUUAUUUUGAUCCGACCCGAGAGAAACGUACGGCCGAACAUAAAGGCGGGCAGGCCCAACUUGACGAAAAGUUCGGCGAUAACCGCCACGAAUCCGUCGAGCAUGAUGGGCCCGGUCGCAGCGACGACGGUGCUAACAGCCGCGACUUGCGACCAGAAUAAAGCCAUCAAGAAACAUAUCACGUCCACCAUAGAUUGCUCCACACAGAGCGAAUACUACGAAAUGGAAGUGAAGGAGCGGAAAAACGGAAAGCCGCCGGCGAUUUGCGCCUCGCGAUCGACCCAGACGACCAACAACGAGAAAGAAUUGGCGAUGACCUCGACGACGUCGACGACGUCGUCGACGACAACGACGAUGACGACGACAACCUCCAUCGCGGCGGGCAAUAAAGAAUCGGCAAGCGUGGUCGCGUCCGCCGACAACAAGGAACCAAAGAAUAGCACGACAACGACAAAACGACUCAAUAGCAACGCGAGAAUAGGCAACGGGCCGCUUUCGCAGAGCAACGUAUCCUUAUAGCGCAAGGCGGAAACGCCCAUAGAAUCGCCCGUAUUAGCGAAUCGCAUUAGUUUAAAGCCGAUCUCGAAGAAACCCGUUAUCGUCUGAUUAGAAUUCCAUCGCGUACUGUACAUAUUAUCAACUGAAACUAUACACGCCAACGCGUUUUUCGACAUGAUUAACAAAGAACAAAGUCUCCGUCGGUUAUUUUCAGGAAUUGUUCGCCGUUAAUCGGCAGGAUUCGACGAUGAAGUAACACUCGAGCACGCCAAACAAUUCGAUACUACGAUGCGAACUGCGAAUUAAAUAUGUAUUGUAUAUUGUUAAAUUAAAGCUACAAUUGCAGGUUAAGGACAAACGAGAGAGCUCAUCGAUAAGAAAUGACGCUUCGUCGUACCCGCGGAGUCACAAGUUUUCAGGAGAAACGUAAAAUUGUUUCAAAGAUUCACUUUGCUCCGAAGGCGAUUCAAUUUUUUUCUGUAAUCUUCAGUCUUUUAGAUCUCAAGCGGAGGAAAAGUUUCCAACAAGUCGAAAAUAAGUGGAGUUUACUGAACCAAAGGUCCGAACUAAAGACCCGAGGUAUCACUUUUCAGUUAUCAAAGUGAACUUUGGAUCUUUACAGUUACGAUUCGAAAGAGAAUGAAAUUUAUUAUAUCGACUUCGUUUGCGUACGUAAUUUUAGCGAAUGAAACGUUUGACGUGGUGCAUUUGGUUAGACAAGCUUGAAAAUGUGGAGAGACUACGGAAAGAGACGUUAAUUCUCUCAAAUUUUAGAGGUAUCUAUGACGAUUCAGUAGACACUGCAAAUUUUAUCGUUGGUCGUACAAGAUGGUGUGCAUGAUGAAGAGGCGACUCGUAUGAUUUAUAAGUAAUAUAUUUCGCUAUCUUGUAUUCCUCGAAUGAACCUGUCCUUGAAUAGAUACGUAGUUGAAUAUUGAUUAUAUAGAUUAAAAAUAUUUGCAAUUCUGACUCUAACGAGAACGAAAUUCGUCUUACUUAACUUUGCUCAUACGCAUAAUGUGUAAUAUUAAUGAAAACUGACGGUUGACAUUAGGCAUUUUAUCAGACUAUAACUUGAACGCGCGUCUCUUAGUGAGAAAUAUCAAUUCAUGUUUUAAAAAUAUCUACGACGUAAUUCGUAAAUAUUAAACGUUCUGAUAUGUUUUUACGUGUAUGAAAAAUGUGAUAUAGAAUUUAAUAAAUUUUGAGUCAGGUCAGAAGUUCAGUACGACUUUCGACUCGAUGAUAAAUUAGUCGCCUUCUACGAUAGAAGUAUAUAAAUGCUGCCAGAAUGUUGAUGAAACAUUACAAACGAUAGCGAUUAGUUGAUAAAUAAUUUGUUUCUAUUGAACGUAAUAAAAUAAAAAUUGAUUAAAAAGUCGAACCGAACUUUUCAAUUGACUCAAUAUAUCCUAUACUUUACUGUGUAUACUUUCUCAUAAAAUUAAACAUCUCGCUCGC